AUGCUAUAUAAUCCUCCAGCAGCUGCGGGAUUGGAAGAGAAUCCAAGAGUGAAACUCAACAAUAUCUUCACCUCCCAUAGUUGUCCUAUCCUAAAGAACACCACCCCCCUUCAGCCAUUUUACAAUCAUGUCUGCCAAUAUUCCAACUCACGUCGAGGUCUUCCCCUCCUGGUCACGCCCGAGACUUGUGCAGGGAGGACCUACGUAGUGACCGGCGCCAACAGUGGACUGGGUUUGGAAGCAGCCCGGCACCUGGUUAAUGCUGGUGCUAGAAAGGUAAUCCUUGCGGUGCGCAAUCUUACCGCCGGCGAGAAAGCCAAAGACGAUAUCGAAACAUGCACUGGAAAGACUGGUGUGGCUGAGGUUUGGUUGCUUGAUCUUGCUAGUUAUGACUCUGUCAAGGCGUUUGCACAGAGGGUGACAACAGAGCUUGAUCGAAUUGAUGCGGUCAUUGAGAAUGCGGGUGUGGCAUUGUCGCAGCGCUUGGAGGCAGAGGGCCAUAUCUUACCGGUCACUGUUAAUGUGCUCAGCACGCUUCUCCUUGGAGUGCUUAUCUUUCCCAAGCUCAGAGACAGUGCUCAGCGCUACGGGACCAUGCCUCACCUGGUCUUCGUUACCAGUGUUACUGGGUUUGAUUGUCACGAAGCAUGGAGGGAUAUUCAUGAUGAACCACUGGCCAAGAUGCAUUCUGAAGACAUGAAUAUGAUGCAGCUAUACCCGCUUACCAAACUCAUGCUCACUAUCGCGGUUCGUCAUCUGGCAACCUUGACCCCUGUGGACCGUACGGGUGUUGUCAUGAACUUAGUCUGUCCCGGACUGUGUAAGACCGAUAUAGGACGUAAUGCACCAGCUGAAGUGCAAGAAAGCGUUGCCAAUUUCGUUGCUCAGUGUGGGCGGACUGCGGAGGACGGUAGCCGCACACUCCUUCAUGGAGCUGUGGCAGGUAGAGAGAGUCACGGCCGCUUUCUUCAGUCUUGUGAAAGUGGAGAGAAUAUAGUACCUCAUUGGGUGAAAAAUGAAGAAGGGAGAAAAUGGCAGAGAUACAGCUGGGAAGAUAUCGCUAAAGAGCUGGAGUUUGUGUGUCCUGGGUGUAUCCAGGAAAUCAUAAAUUAA